GUGCUUGCGGUGUUUGUGCCGGUUUUCUGAUGGCGUUGAAAAGGCGGGCGAUGUGCACGCCCUCGCUGCUGGAAAACUCCUUUGAUUGUUCUUCUCUAUUAUCUUCUUCUAUUCAGCAUCACUGUAUUCUGAAAGAUACAUCACCACUUUCUCCCAACUAUAUUUUCCCGAUUAUAAAAAUCGUCUAACUUACUGACACCCCAGGCACCACCAACCAGCAGCUCCACCACGCCCCCACUUCAGUGCCUGCUCACUGUAACCUCCCCAUCGAGGCCCACUAACUUACGCACCGCCAGACCGACGAACCGGUCCCACUAUAAACAUGGCCCUCUCAGAAAAACACCAAAGCUUCUUCCCUUCCAACUUUUCGACCUCGUCACCUCUCUCCAUCUCCCAUAUUCGCCGGUUCCGAGAGCGUAGACGCGCAAAGCACGUCCUCUCGUACGACAUGGCUCCCCCAUCUGCCGCAGUCACGUCCUUUGUCGUCGGCAACCUCCACUGCCCAUCAUGCGUUGCCACGAUCCGGUCACUCAUGUCCGAGACCUACGGCGAAAAGGUCCGCUGGGUAUCCCCGAACCUGGUCACCUCGGUCGUCACAAUUGAGCAUGAGGAUCCCACAGAGCAUUUUGUCCGCGACAUGGCUCGUACCCUCGAGGAUGCCGGCUACGAGAUAUGCGGCGUCGACUCCACGAUUGGCCCUAUCGACGGACUUGCUGGUAUAGAUCUCGAAGAGAGUGGUUGGGCUGCCCAACCUAUUUCCAGCAGCUUCCAGACCAUCUCCAGACUGUGGUCUGGUCGCAGACGAUCUACAACCACCGAAGAUAUCCAAGCUGCGCAUCUCGACAACUGCGAAUCUUGCCGCCUUACAUCCAACGCCCAGCAACCCGGCCGCAGUGAUGACGAUGUCGGACGCCCUAGUGUGGAGUCCGUCGCCACUGGAGCUGAAGUUCCGCUGCCCAGCGGCCUCGAGCGUGUCACGGUAGACAAUACUGAAGAACCCGGACCUUGGAGAGCUACUGUUUCUGUGGGUGGCAUGACCUGUGCCGUCUGCACCAACACAAUUACACAGGAGAUGAAGAAGUUUCCUUGGGUAUCCAACGUUGUUGUCAGCCUUGUUGGAAACAGCGCCACGGUCGAAUUUACAGAAAAGAGCAAGGCCAGCGACAUUGUCCAAAACAUUGAGGAUCUCGGUUACGAUGCGGUGUUGGACAAGGUCGUUGAUCUCAGCCACGAGAACCAGGAGCGCAGGGGACGUGAAGUGGAGGUCAAGAUUGACGGCAUCUUUUGCGGCCGCUGCCCUGAUCGUGUCGUCUUGACGGUCCAAAGCUUUGGCAAAGAAUACGUCGAAGUCUUGGAAGCCCCUACUGUUCAAAAGCCCAUCAUCAAGAUCCGAUAUCUACCUGCCGCGCCCACAUUCACCAUCCGCCACCUCCUACACGCCAUUGAGGCAACAGACGAUAACCUCAAAGCUUCCAUCUACCACCCACCUACUCUAGAAGAACGAUCUAGACAGAUUCGCGCUAAGCAUCAGCGAUCGCUGGCUAUUCGCGCCACUGUCGCCCUUAUUGUCGGUAUUCCCACUUUUGUUCUUGGCAUCGUCUACAUGAGCUUGGUGCCGGAUUCCGAUCCUACCAAGCACUACCUGAUGAUGCCCUGGACCUCUGGUUUGAGCAGACUCGAAAUCGCCCUCUUUAUUCUUGCUACGCCGGUGUACUUUUUCGGAGCCGACAUCUUCCACGUUCGUGCCAUCAAGGAGCUCAAGUCCUUGUGGCGCAAGGGAAGCCGUAUGCCUCUAGCUCAGCGAUUCUACAAAUUUGGCAGCAUGAACCUUCUUAUGUCUCUUGGAACCACCAUUGCAUACUUUUCAUCGAUUGCGCAAAUGAUUGCUGCUGCCGUUGAUGGAGAGGCCGAUAUCCCUGAGGAUCGCUUCUACUUUGACUCAGUCGUCUUCCUCACACUCUUCUUACUUGCCGGUAGACUCAUUGAAGCGUACAGCAAGUCCAAGACUGGAAGUGCAGUCGAGGCUUUGGCCAAGCUCCGCCCCAGCACCGCUCUCCUCAUCGAACAAGACAAGAACCGUGGUGACACGAAAACGACUUCUGUUGAAAUCGACCAGUUGGAAGAGGGAGACUUGAUCCGCGUCCCACACGGCUCAUCCCCCGCAACAGACGGUAUCAUCAUCACUGGUGAAAGCACCUUUGACGAGUCCAGUCUUACUGGUGAAUCCCGACCUAUCAAGAAGGGCGAGAACGAGCAGGUGUUUGCUGGUACUGUCAACAAGGGCUCUGCUGUCAUCAUUCGCGUCACUGGCACCAGCGGCAAGUCCAUGCUGGACCAGAUUGUCGAGGUUGUUCGCGAAGGUCAAACCAAGCGUGCUCCUGUCGAACAGAUGGCCGAUCUUCUUACGUCGUACUUUGUGCCUGUUGUCACUCUCAUUGCUAUUAUUACUUGGAUUACCUGGACGGUGCUCUCCUUGACCGACCAGGUCGACAAUGAGGGUGCAGCGAAUACUGGCGGCAAGAUUGCCUUUGCCUUCCAGUUCGCCAUUUCCGUCUUUGUCGUCGCCUGCCCCUGUGGUCUCGGCCUUGCUGCCCCUACAGCUAUCUUUGUCGGCGGAGGCAUCGCCGCAAAGCACGGCAUCCUCGCUAAGGGCGGUGGUGAAGCCUUCGAAAAGGCCAGCAAGAUUGACUGCGUUGUCUUUGACAAGACCGGAACCCUCACCGAAGGCGGCGAGCCCAAGAUUACCGAUUCGUCCAUCCUGCCGGCUGGCGACGUCCAGGGCGUAGACAGAACCACCCUGCUCUCUGGACUCAAGGCAGUCGAAGAGAACAGCAGCCAUCCCAUCGCCAAGGCCAUUGUCGACUUUUGCGGUGCCAGCACCUCGUCCGCCGAAAUUACUGCCAUUGACGAAAUCCCCGGCCGCGGCAUCAAGGCAACCUACUCUACACGCCCCAUCGACAUUGCCGUCGGCAAUGAAGCUCUGAUGCGCGAUCUCGGUGUAACCCUGACUGGCGAGACAACCAACUUCCUGCAACAGUGGAAGACGGAAGCCAAGUCAGUUGCCCUUAUUGCCCUCAAGUCGCACAUCAAGGACACCUGGUCCUUUGCCGCUGCCCUGUCCAUCUCCGACCCGAUCCGCGAAGAAGCCGCCCCCGUCAUCAAGGCCCUCCGCGCCCGCGGCACCCAAGUCUGGAUGCUCUCUGGCGACAAUGUCGUCACUGCGCAAGCCGUUGCCGCCAAAGUAGGCAUCCCUCCCGACAACGUCCUCGCCGAGGUCCUCCCCUCUGAAAAGGCCGCCAAGAUUAGCUACCUCCAGGCCAGCUUACACGCCGACUCUGCCGUUACCACAUCCGCACCAUCCGGCGCCCGUGCCAUGGUGGCCAUGGUCGGCGACGGCAUCAACGACUCGCCCGCGCUCACAACUGCAGACGUCGGCAUCGCCAUUGGCUCAGGCAGCGACGUUGCCAUCUCCAGCGCCGACUUUGUCCUUGCCACGUCGCGCCUCGCUGCCGUGCUCACCCUGCUCGAUCUUAGCCGGGCCGUGCUGCGCCGCAUCCGCGCCAACUUCCUCUGGGCUAUUGUCUACAAUGCCGUCGCCGUUCCCGUCGCCGCUGGCUGCCUGUACGCCAUCAAGACCUCGGACGGCCGUCACGUCAAGCUCGAUCCCGUCUGGGCCAGUCUGGCCAUGGCGCUGUCCAGCAUCAGCGUCGUGCUCAGCAGUCUGAGUCUGCGUAGCCGCGUUCCCGGUAUCGGUUUCCGCGCCAAGGACAUUGCUGUAUAACUGAUACCCCCAUAUAUUUUAUUCUGUAUCGUCCUGUACAUACAUAGCUCUUCAUGAUCUAGCAUUAGCGAUCCCAAUACGACCUUGCUUUUGUAUACAUCAUCCGAAUCAGUUGUGUUGCAUGUGAUUCUAGACUUUCUUUCGCUUACAACACAGCCCUACCCAUAUAGAUACUUCGCGGCCAUGUACUGUAGCUCCCCUCGUGUCUCGUCACCAGAUACCUCACCCCCGUCGCAGGGGCGCAGCGCACACGGCAAAAUCACAAGGCCGGCCUCCGCCUCACGUGCCGGGCCAUCACCGUGAGCUCACGUACUACGUAAAACCCAGACAUGCAGUAGCAUUUUCGCCACAGCCGGGUCUUGCAGAAUACUGCAGUCUAGAAAAACAAAGCCAGAAACAAUGGAACCCAGGUCCUCGCCUAAUUGACUUUCUCGUCCGGCGCUGUGCUUUCUUACCCACUCACACAGCGGGUAGGCAAACGUUACUGGUAGACUCGUUUGUAGUCAAUCUUUCAAAUAAUCCUUUAAAAAAUUUAAGAUUAUGCUUUUAAUCAUCCUUUGGGUAGAAUAUUAUGUAUGGUAUAAAUACCUUAUAUCCAUCGAGUUUUUAGAUGAAUUUUCCAUAUAAAGUUUGUGUAAAUACAUGUUUGGAAUGCGUUGGUUGAAAUAUGGACUACUUGUAACUUUUGCUGACC